AGUGAUCUUGCGACUUCAAUCUGUUGCUGAAAACAUAAUACAACAUCUCGAAUUCAGCAUGACAAGCCUCAAACGUGACUACCCGUGGUCGAAAGCCCCGCUGAUAGCCAAUGGGCCUAUGCGCCUUGUUGCACUUCCUGCAUUGACCGUCGAAGUUUCCAAUGCUGGAGGUCUUGGAUUCCUUGGGGUCGGUAGUGACGCAAGCCAGCUCGAGGAAUUCCUCAAAGAAACCCAAUCGCUAGUCAAGCAAAGUACAGCACUCUCCAGCUUCGCAGACGGCGCUGUCCUACCUAUUGGCAUUGGGUUCCUGCUCUGGGCGGGAGACGACUUGCUUCAAGCCACCCUUCCUCUACUCAAAGCUACUCCGCCUGCUGCUAUCUGGCUGUACGCGCAUUCCCAUAUCUCACAAGCGAAGCAAUGGACCAUAGCAACGCGGGAAGCCACAAACAAUCUUACCAAGAUCUGGAUCCAAGUCGGCACGGUAGCUGAAGCGCUCGAGGUCACCACUGAGUGCCAACCUGAUGUUCUGGUAAUACAAGGACAAGAUGCAGGCGGGCAUGGACUUCUGCAUGGCGCUGGUAUCAUGCCUCUGUUUCCCGAGGCCGACGACGCAGUGACGGCGUUGUGCGCCUCAAAAGGCCUUACGAAGCCAGCCCUUUUGGCGGCGGGAGGAAUCAUGGAGGGUCGCGGUGUUGCUGCAGCUCUGGCCUUGGGUGCGGAGGGUGUCGUAAUGGGUACGAGGUAUCUCGCCAGCUCGGAGGCGCAUCUCGCGAAGGGUUAUCAGGAGGCAAUUCUAGCGGCUGAGGAUGGAGGCAUAAACACCGCUCGUGGUACGCUGUAUGAUCGGCUGAGAGGAACGACUGACUGGCCGUCGCGGUAUGGCGGCCGAGGCGUCCUGAAUGAGAGCUGGUUUGAUGAUGCAAAGGGGUUGACAUUUGAGGAGAACAAGAAGCGAUACGAUGAAGCGGUAGCGAACAGUGAAGGAGAACACGGAUGGGGAAAGACCGCGAGACUCACAACAUACGCUGGCAGUGGAGUGGGACUCGCACGGAAAGUACAAUCUGCAGCAGCCAUCACUGCAGAGGUCCGUGAAGAGGCAAAGAAGUUUCUCAAACGCGCGGGCGAGGGCUUCUCGCAGUGAACCCUGGAAGUAAACACUCAAGAACAAAUGUGCUCAUGUAAGCAUUACUUGUAAUGCUGCGAGUACACAAGUAUUCUUCGAAUGGAUCACACUUGAAUAUGUACUGUACAAAUUUCGGGA